UAUAAUGUCGCUGCAGACAACAAUCAAUUGCAGCCGGAGGAGAAGCUGAUGACUAUGGCAAUGGCGAUGGCGAUGGAUAUGGCGAAGACGAGUCGGAGACCCGCAGUGCAAGUAAAAGUGGCAAAUGAAGUGGAAAGUGCCCUCAGAAUGGGAACAAUGAUGAUGCGGAUGAGAAAUCGGGGCGGUGAGCGGUGGCAGACGAACUACUUUGACACACAAAUGCCACUGCUGUCGUCUGGCCUAAUGAGUCCCGGCCUGCUGCCAAUAUUGAAUGAACAGUCGGUGCAGCUGGGGCAGCCUGGGCAGCCUGGGCAGCAGGAGCCGUCAAAGAGGCAUUACUUGGCCCACGGGCCCAGUUCGGUUGAACAGCAAUUACUCCGCCUGCACCCGGACUACAAAUUGCUGUACAGCGCCGAGCACCACACCUAUUUCCAUCUACACACCCAGAUCCCGCAGGACAAUGCCAGUCGCCAGACAGGAGCAUCGAAAUCGGAGAAGGCAUCGCCGCAUCGCAGGCUAUUCCAGCAGGUUGUGGGCAACACGCUGACCGCCGCCUUUGGCCUGAAUGUGAUGAACAAGGACGACCAGGAGCAGAGCCUGGUCACCAGCGAACCGGUGCAGCUCUACGAUGGCGCCUCGUUGCGCCGGUCUCGCUUCAGUCCCUUCAAUCCCACCAGAAUCCUCAUUCACGGCUGGCUGGGCAAUGAGAACGCCAACAUGUACAACGAGCUGUUGCCAGCCUAUUUUGGCCUCAGAAAUGGCAACUACAACAUCUUCACCGUGGACUGGGGACGCGGUGCCAUAGCGGACUACAUAACGGCCAGCUACAGGGUCAAGCCGGUGGGUCAGAUUGUGGCAAAGUUCGUGGACUUUCUGCAUCAGGAGGCGGGAAUGCGUUUCGAGGAUCUGCAGCUCAUCGGAUUCAGCAUGGGCGCACAUGUGGCGGGACUGGCGGGAAAGCAUGUGCAGACUGGUCGCCUACGGAUGAUCCGAGCUUUGGAUCCGGCACUACCCUUCUUCCGGUAUGCCAAGCCAAAGGAGCGACUGACCCAGGAGGAUGCCGACUAUGUGGAGGUGCUGCACACCAGUGUGGGCAGCUAUGGAUUUGAUCGACCUGUGGGUCAUGUGGAUUUCUAUGCCAACUGGGGCAGCCAGCAACCAGGUUGCUUUUGGCAUGAAUGCAGCCAUUGGAGGGCAUUUAUGCUGUUUGCCGAGAGUCUCGCUGGGGAUCAGGAGACGGGCUUCUUAUCCCACGGCUGUCCAGCUGGUGAAUGGCAGCAGUUGACCCGAUUCCAUCGCUGCCCAAAGGACACCGGAGUUCAGCAGACCAUGGGCGGGGAUUUGGCCAACGUGACGGCGGAGUUCUUGGCCCAAAGACAGGGUGUCUAUUAUUUCCAAACAAACGACCAGCCACCCUAUGUUUUAGCGCAAAAUGCCAGCUCGAAUGGGGAAAAAAUAAAUAGCGAAAUGGCUGAGAGAACGUAA